AAGGCCUGGACUACUUUGGAGAACCUGAUCCUGAGACUUCAGCACGAUGUCUUACCAACAGCAGCAGUGCAAGCAGCCCUGCCAGCCUCCUCCUGUGUGCCCACCCACAAAGUGCCCAGAGCCUUGUCCUCCUCCAAAGUGCCCAGAGCCUUGUCCUCCCCCAAAGUGCCCAGAGCCUUGUCCUCCCCCAAAGUGCCAGCAGAAAUGCCCUCCCGUACAACCUCCCCCACCUUGCCAGCAGGACUAUCAACCCAAGAGCAAAUGA